UCUAUUCUAACUCAUAUAUACCGCUAUAAAUUGUACUCUUUCUACAUAAGUCUGUGCAUAAGGCAAUUUUCACUCAAGCAUCCGUCCAUUAAUCAAAAUCUUUCCAAACAAUAAAUGUUAUUGCUGACAUUUCACGUAUACUUACAUAUAUAUACGUAAUUAUAUAUUUUCUAAACGUUUUGCACAUUUCCUACGUUUUGCAAAUUUUAACAAGUAUCUUUUGUUUGUUUGCAUUAAGUCGUCAUGCUGCGCCGUCUUCCGCUCUAGCCACACACUUGCCAAGUUUCUUCGAUAACACACCUCAGUUCACCAUACUCGUGACUUUUAUCAUACAGACAUGUAUAUCGAUUAUUUUUCGCUUGUUUAUUUGUGUUUCGUGUUUGUCACUUUACCAGUAGCUAAUUGCUUAAGUGACAGCCACGUCCAGUCCGUCCGGCAGUCGGUAACUAAUAAUGUCAACAAUUUCUGUCUGUAUGUAUUUUGUGUUUUGUUUUCACCUUCGAUUGUGCUAUGGUAUGCCAAUAAGUUGAGUGGUAGCCGCAUAAUUUGUCGUCAUUAUUAAUGCUUAAUCAGUAAUUAUCGCAAGCCAACAUACGCAUAAUUAAUUACAGCAAAAAAAAACUUUAAGCGCGAAGCUGAAAAAAAAUGCAUGUGUAACCAAUUUUCACUCGAGUGCAAAUAUUUAUGCCUAUUCCUGUUUUUUGAACCAAAAACAAAAUAUAAUUUAUACGUUAUACUUUACGCUAUAAUGUGUUUAUUCAGCGUUUCUCGUUUUUGCUCUGGCGCGUAGCAGGCAUAUUUUUGAAAAAUAAUCGCUGUGUUUACUAUUUUAAAGAGGUCAUUGUCUCUCAUUGGUUGCAAAAGAAUAAAAAUUGAGAAAAAAAUUAUUUUUCGUACAUUUUUUUUUGUCAAAAUUAGCGUAAAAUGCUGAGAAAUGACAUUAAAACUGAUUAGCCGUCAUUUUAGUUGCUAACGUCAGUUCCUUCUAAAUGAAUUUAAACUUAAUCGAAUCAUAUAUUUUUCGAAGUAGCGUAUAGACUACUAUAGAGUACAGUUGAUACGUGAUUUUGAAUAAAUAAAGUUAUCGAAAUCGUAACUGUGCAAGAGUGCUUUCUUUAAAUAUAAUAAAUCAUGAAGUUCCUAAUUUCUUCGCUGCUACUGUUAGCUGUCACAACAACGCUUGCCUACGUCACUGAAGAAGUGCCAAACGAAGAUGGUGUACUUGUGCUGACUACCGCUAAUUUCAAGCGUGUCAUAGAAGAAAAUGAUUUGGUCUUGGUAGAUUUUUACGCACCAUGGUGCGGUGCCUCCAUAGCGCUUACACCCGAAUUUGCUAAAGCUGCGCAGUUUUUAACAGAGUAUCGUUCACCCAUCAAGCUGGCCAAAGUCGAUGUAACUGUCUCGAGCGAAUUGGACACAUAUUUCCAAUUGCGUCAAUAUCCCACCUUGAAGUAUUUUCGCAACGGCGUUCCCUUUGAAUAUAAUGGCGGUUAUCGGGCAGCUGAUAUUAUUGCGUGGCUUACUGCAGUUCAAUGAAAAAAUUUAGAAAUAUUAAAUAUUAAUUUUUAAUUAAAUAAACCCAAUUUUAAUAUGCAAUAAAAUUAAAAUUUUCAUUUGCACAAAUCGCUUCUUUUUGGCGUCAAACCGGAAGCGUCUUAGUGUAUUGACCGUUAUGAGCUGUGGAAUUAUCCACAUUCACAUCCAAUUAUGUACUUAACAUACACACAGUCUUUCUACGACAACUGAUAUCCAACGCUGUCAUAAAAAUCCGUUCAAUCUCUCAAACACACUUGGUGUGGCGUGUGGUCGCACUGCAAUUAUAACUGUUGUCCAAAUAAAUCUGUAAUAUGAGUUAUAAUGUUAUAAUGUUAUUUUGACAAAAACUGUCAGCUACUGUUCAGCAAAUGCAGUCAAUUGCUGGUUUCAAUGACCAUUUCAGGCUUUAACGCUUCAUAUCCAACUCAUGCCCGAUCGGCAAUCAAAGUCGUCGCUGAAGUGUGCCAGUCCGUUAUGGUUUGUGUUGUGAUGCUUUGAUGAGUUUUGCUGCUGUUUAGCGUUUGCCAGUUUGUUUGUUUUGACUUUGCUGUUGUUUUAAAUUUUUUUUUUGUUGUUUUCCUUAUCAUUUGAUUCGUUAGUUUUUUCCCGGUCGUAUGUGCUUGCAAUUAAAAUGAAGCGCUUAGCUUAAAUUCAAUCGUCGCUUGGCAAAAUGUGUUCAAAUGAGUGAAUCAAGUAAUUGCCGGACAGAUUGACAGCCGUGGGGCCAGCUGUCGCCAGUGCCAGUGUUGUGCAGCAGCGAAAAUAAAAGUCAAAGCUUAUUGUUAUUAUUGUUGUUAGUAUUAAUUGA